CCCCCCCCUCCCCAAUCCUCAUUUUCAGCUUUCGCUUUUCCAGCUCUGGUUGCUCUCUCUCUGUGGAGAAAAAGAAAAUUUUAGCAUCAGAUCGAGCACUUAAGCCACCGAUCAUUGCAAGCAGGUACGGUGCUCAGAUCGACGAACUUUCCUGCAUUUUCUCGGCGAUUUUCUCAUCCACUUUCUCCGAAUGGCAUGAGAGAAUUGCGAGGAAAAAUGUGGCCUUUUUCUCCAUGUGGGGGUGUCUGAAAUGGCAGAGGGUUUGAGCGGAUCCAUUUUCGGAGGUACAGAGGUACAGACCCAGAAGGCUUCGGAGUCCGCAAUGCGGAGCGGAAUCUCUGCGCUUCGAGGUUCUUUAAUGGGGGGGCGUGUCAUUGUUCGUGGUUCUAGGGCGCCCAACGACGCAUCCUUGGGCUCUCCUUAAAUUUUAAGCCCUAGCUUUGGUCAAAAGGUGCAGCCAUUUUGGCGAUUUCUGUAAUGUGUCGUGUGUGAUUUCCAGGCUCUUGUACUGAUUUGAGCUCUAGGAGAGAGAGAGAGAGAGAGAGAGAGAGAGAGAGAGAGAGAGAGAGAGAGAGUGGUGAAGGAGAGGGACAACAGUGAAUCUAUGAACAGAAGAGGGAUAUUUGGGGAAGGAGUUACCUGGAUGGAUUUGGGGUCCGGGUGAUUUAGAGCAUUUGAAUGAACUGCCCUUUUGGUCAAAAGAGCGAAAAGAGCAAAUUUUGGUGGGAUUUUGUGGGCUAGAAGCUGAGAUCUGUGGAGAGCAGAAGAGAAGGAGUUGUUUCAAUGUCCGGAGCUCCGAGAGUGAGGUCGAUGAAUGUGGCGGAAUCCGAUGCGAGGCCCGUCCUUGGGCCUGCUGGAAACAAGGCGAGGUCUUUCACUGCACGAAAACCCGUUUUGAAGCCGCUUCGAAAGGUGGAAAAAUCAUUUGAAGAAGUCACAGAAGAUGACAAAAAAGCUCUUUCCGCUGCCGCCUCUUCACCUCGUUCACAUUUUGCUAACUCACCUUCAGGGCUUCGCCGCCAAGAGCUCUUGUUGCGUUCUAAUUUGUCACUUAAUGCGUCGUGUUCGUCUGAUGCUUCUACUGAUUCUGUUCAUAGUCGAGCCUCUACUGGAAGGAUUACUCGGUCAAACACUCUCCCCACUAGGAGAAAGCAAUCCGCCUCAAGGCCGAGAAUUGUUGUUCCUGCUGAUGGGUUUUCAGAAUCUCCGCCUGACGGUUCGCAGCCCAAGAAAAGGUGUGCUUGGGUGACACCCAAUACUGACCCAUUGUAUGCUGCUUUCCACGAUCAAGAAUGGGGAGUGCCUGUACAUGAUGACAAGAGAUUGUUUGAGCUUCUUGUGCUUUCGGGUGCUUUAUCUGAACUUACAUGGCCUGCUAUUCUCAGCAAAAGGCACAUAUUUAGGGAAAUUUUUUCAGAUUUUGAUCCUGUGUCUGUCUCAAAGUUGAACGAGAAGAAGCUAACAGCACCUGGAAGUGCUGCAAGCUCCCUACUAUCAGAGCCUAAGCUGCGUGCUGUCAUUGAAAAUGCACGUCAAAUAUCCAAGGUAAUAGAUGAGUUUGGAUCAUUCGAUAAGUAUAUCUGGAGCUUUGUGAACCAGAACCCUAUAAUUGGCAAAUUUCGAUAUCCUCGGCAGGUGCCAGUGAAAACCCCAAAAGCAGAUGCAAUGAGCAAAGACCUCGUAAGAAGGGGAUUUCGAAGUGUGGGGCCCACUGUUGUCUACUCCUUCAUGCAGGUUGCUGGAAUAGCAAAUGAUCACCUCAUCAGUUGCUUCAGAUUCCAGGAGUGUAUAGCUGUAGCUGCUGCUGCUGCUGCUGCUACUGAAGGGAAGGAAGAUGAUGGUAUCAAGAACAAGGCAGAAGAUAAGAAGAAACCCGAUUGCGAUGUGGUGGAAUCAGAUUUAUCAAGUGCCAUUGAUGAAUUGAGCUUCUGCUCAGAAUGAAGCAACCAAAUGUCUUGACGGGCGGCCAUGCAUGGAUGGAGGGCACGGAGCUUCAGCUUUGAGGUUCAAUCAUCAGUUUUUACCAUGUUAAUUCGCAGCUGCGUCCUUCUACAAUUGGGCUUUGAGCCUUUUUAUUUCUGUGGAGGUAGUUGUGUUUAUGAAAUAUCUUAAAAUUUUACAUGCAGUCUGAGCCAUAGAUUCCUUGAUUGUACCUAGAUUACUGAAAGCGAGUUGGUCGAAUUGGGUGAUCAUGUUGUUGAUGAGCUUUCAAAAUCAGUGUACAAUUUCUUUUGUACAGUGGAAAGAAUGGUUAGUUUAGAAAA